AGUGACGGGUCUCGCUCACGGUAUUAUAGAAGAGCUGCCAUUAGCAGAACUUACUGUCAGAAAGUAAAUUGUCUCUAGUUAUUGACAAGUUACUUGUUGGCAUCGUCCAGAAGAUGGGUGUCUUUCAGAAGGUAUCUGUGUCUUUAGGAGCAUGUUCUCUAGUGAAGAAUGACCAGGUGGGGGGGGGGGGCUCCCCAUUAAUUGAAGGAUCACCCCACAGCCAUACAGUGAUUGGUCACCACUGGCACAUAGUAUAUAUAUUUAAUCUCUAUCUCUCUCUCUCUCUCUCUCUCUCUCUAGUAUAGGUUCAGCUUACGUACCUUGACCCAUCUGAGGUAGACAUUGAAUCCUGUAGUUACAGGAGGAAGAUGAGCAGCAUUCCCCAUAGGGCAAUUUGUUUUAAGAUAGGUGGGAUGUAUCCCUCCCCACUGUUAAGAUGACUGUCUUAGAUGAGAGACCUAACUUUUGAAUGGCUCUAAUUAAAUAAAAACAGUCCCACACAAGUAUAUUGGGGAAGGGCAAGCUUCUCUGAAUAAUAAUUUUUUUUUUUUUUUUUUUUUUUUUUUUUGUCCUGGACAUUAAGUCACUGUCCCAGGCUAUGAGUAUCGCCUUAAAAUUUUUGAAAGGAAAUUAUAAAAGAGCAGAGUCUGUUGCUGAUGAGCCCAAACAAGUUAAGGGAAACAAGAGACGAGUAAUAAUAUGUAAAUUAUUAGUAAAGGCACUUAUGUUGCCUUUAUUAAUUUGUUCUUAUAAAAUAUUUUGAACACUGAAGUCCCUAUCUGUGAAUGGAGAACAAGGCUGUGGUUCUCCAUGGGCAAAAAAGUGGUUUAAUGGGAAUGAAAAAAGCAAAAAUAAAUGUCCAUUUGACCAUGAAGUUUGCAAGGAGAGGUUUUGGAUAAAACUUAAUAUAUUUGUUAAAAUGCAGACUAGGGGAUAUGACAUUGCUGGCACAAAAUUAUUUUCUUUUGUUGACUGUUGGGAGGGAACAUAAAGGGCUUCUCAAAGUCGUGGCUAAGAUCUUAAUAUGUGGUUCCUAAGGUGUGCUUAUCUAUGUUUAUAACUAAAUGACCUGAUCAGGUUUUCCAAAGUGCUACGUCCCAGUGACCGUUGAAUCACCAGGAGUCACUGAGAGCUCCAGACAUUUGGGGAAAAAUAAGCUACUUAUUUCACUGACUAGAAGGAAAAAAAAUUACAGCUUAAAUUCAGUGCCACUUUCCUCUCAACAGGGUUUGUCCAGGAGGAGGUAUCCCAAGUGCUUUCUCCACUCCCUAUGACAGUGAAUAGGCUGACUUUUCUCCUCUACCCCAAGGAGUUCCAUUUCGCUAACAGUCUGUGCAGAACAGGUCCUCUCUUCCACUGUUGCUGGGCUUUCCACUUUAUCCAUUCUGGAGGGAAAGUUCGUGUCAGAACAGCUCACUCCAGGGAGGGAAAAGGGAAUACAGCCACUAUGUGACAGAACGAACAACUUCUGCUAUCAUUAUAAGUAUUCAUUAACAGGUCCUGUAAAAACCAAGGAAGAUGGUGAAGAUUUGCUGUUCUCUCCUCCUCUUAAGUUUGCUCGGUGGGCAACUCAACGCCAACCCUGGACUCAAAGUGAGGAUCACCCAGAAGGGGUUGGAAUAUGCCAAGGAGGUUGGGCUGGAAAUCCUGAAGCAGAAUAUGGAGAAGGACCAUUUCCCUGAUUUGAGUGGCUAUGAGAAAUUUGGGCUUGGUAAUGUCAAAUACAACAUCUCAAGAAUACACAUCACUGCUGUUGAAUUCCCCAGUGCUUCCAUCUCCCUCGUACCUGGGACUGGGAUAAAACUGGUGAUUGGAAAUGCUUCUCUAACCAUCGAUAUGAACUGGAACAUAAGGACCUGGAUGUUCAAAGACAGUGGAAGAAGCACAGUCUACAUUUCAAAGGUGUUUGUUACUGCAAUCUUUUCAACACCCCUGGAUAAUACGGGUCAUACAUCAAUAGCACUUACCAGCUGCCGGACAACUUCUGGUGAUAUAGACAUCAAGCUGAGUGGAAAAAGUGGCUUCCUGCGUAACUUCUUUAUCAAGUAUCUGAAGAAACCUAUUCACAGGAGCCUGGUCACUAAUUCAUGUCCCAACAUCAGAUCUGGGAUCCAGUUGAUAGAUGAAGACCUCCGAUCACUGAAUGUCCUAAUGCCGAUUGAUGAUUUGGCUGAAGUAGACUACUCCUUAAAUAGCUUGCCAGCAGUAUUCCAACCAUUCAUUGACCUGGACUUAAAGGGGAUAGUCUACCCAGCUGGAAACUACACUGGCCCUCCCUAUGUGGCAGCUCCCUUCACCAUCCCAGACCAAAGCGACUCCAUGCUCCACCUUGCCUUCUCUGAGUAUUUUUUUCAGACCUCCUCAUUUGCUUACUACACCGCAGGGGCCUUCAGCAUCACCAUUGCAGAGGAGACUUGCAGCUAUUUUAAUAUAAGCACCGAGAUAUUUGGCAGUAUCAUCCCUGAGGUAGCCAAAUAUUCAGUUACACCCUACCCAGUGAUGUUGAAGCUAACGGCUACUGAAAUACCUAUCAUCAGCUUAGAGCAGGAUUCCUUCACGGUAGAGAUUCGAGGCUCCAUGGAGGUGUUUGCUGUUCUGCCAGACUCAGCCACCCAGUCGUUGUUCACAAUGAACAUAGCAGCCAACACCAGCAUUGCUCUGAAUAUAUUUGACCAGAAAUUGAUGGGCUCACUAUGUUUGAACAGGCUCCAGUUCUCACUAGCCCACUCCAAUGUUGGCUUUUUCGAGAUCUCGCUUCUGGAGAACAUCCUGUCUUACAUUUUACAGACUGAAGUCAUUCCAUCAGCUAAUGCUAAACUGUCAAAAGGAUUCCCUCUUCCCAAUCUGGCCAAUGUUACCUUGACGAGACCUCACAUUACAAUUGUACAGGGAUACAUGUUGAUUUCUACUGAUGUCCACUACAAACACUAAAGGAGAAGAGAGACCAUUUGUUAAGCAUGAACUUCAAAACAAUAGUGUGACUUUGAAGGCUAAAAACUGUCCAGUUCCGCUGAAAUGUGUAACUUGAGCUCUGACAAGGGCGAUGUUAUCCGGGUUGGGGACAAGGGGGGAUGCGGGGAGGCAAAGAAAGCUGAUGGAAUGGUUACGUUGUACAGUGGAGAACGUAUGACACAUGCUUGACAUUAUUUAUUCUGGAGUUUAACCGCUGCAAAAAUGUUUUUAAGAUUAAUGCCUCUCUUGAAAUACAGUCUUGUCUAUACACUUCCAGAAAGGUGCUGCAGUCUCUCGAAGGAAAAGUAUGUUAUCAAAAUGCUGCUAGGGCAAGCAUGCCUGCUAAUCUGUUUCUACUGUAACGAUCUUAAAUAACUUCCUUCUGAAUACAAUGCACUAAGUAUGAAGUGAGCCCUCUCCACAACUACAACAGACUUGGAAGUGUCCCAAUUACAAUGGGAACAAAAUCUUAGCAGUGUCUUAACUAAACUGUUAACAUAAAUCUUAACAAAGACACAGAAGCAGUCCAGGAAGUGAGACAAAGUGGCACUACUACUGCCUUUGAUAGUCCCUCUGCCCCUGUGACACUUCAAAUCCUUGUGUCUGUCAUGUCCCCUGUUUAGCAUUGCUUAGCCAGGUUAGAUACACUUAACUCCUUGAAUGUUUCUGUGCAAGUCUAAUCUUCCAACAUCUUUGUCAGCAUUUCUCUAGACUGAAAUAGUUACAAAUACUUUACUUCUUACUUCA